AUGCUUGUCGUCCAUCCUUCAAGUCGUUGUGACAUCUGCCUUGAUCCCUAUUCUACCUCAGAUCUUGCUACUUCUCCACAUGCAAUUGCUGAGUGUGGUCACAUCUUCUGUUUCAGGUGCCUUUACUCCUUAAGCACAAGCACAUGUCCCCUCUGCCGCGAAGUUUUCGAUCCAGAUCGUGUCAAGAAACUCCACGUCGGAAAUACCUCCGAACAAGAAAAUGCUGAACGAGACGAUGCUGAUCGGGACAAUACAGAGCGAGAUAAUGCCGAACAAGGUGUUGUCUACGAUCAUGCCAAUCUCCUUCUUCAUCGGAUGUCUCUAGUCUUAGGCGAAGGCGUGCCCGAGGCUGAUGUCGCUGAAGUAGUCUCCGAAGUACAAGAAUGGCUACAGUCUCAACCGGAUGAUCCCAAUUCCGUGAGUCCUUUUCACUCUGCAGGCGCAUCACAAAUGUGA